GUGGCACAGCUUGAGAGCAGAAUGAACACUGAGGACUAUAGAAAACUACAGGGCCUUUUCCUGGACUCCUCUGGUGAGCCUCGCUCGCUUUCCAGAGCUGAAUUCAUCCAGCAUGCUUGGUCAUCAGUUGGCCGUGGCUCUAAAGAGGAUUAUGGCCUCCUGUUUGACAGCGUGGUCAUCACUCAGGAGCACCACGGCCUCUUUCUGGAUAUUGAUACUGUGAAGGAAGAGGGACGUGUCGACUGGGCUGGCCUUUGCUCUUUCCUGCUCCUGGAGCUUUCUGAUAAAGUGAAGAACAGCAGAACAAGCAGUGUGCCCUGCUGGACGCCACCUCGCACUUUGACCUGUCCACACCGAGACCCUGUUCAAAAGGUGUUGCACCUGCAGAGUUCUGGUCAGUAUCUGACCGUGAGUAAAGGAGGAAUUGUGGGGCUGCGGGACGGAGAGGACAUGUCCCUUCUGCACACAUAUCGACUGCAAAACAGCACAGUGGCACCCAAAGACCUGUGGGUCACUGACAUGGUGAUUCUGCACAACCUCGACAAGAUAGCUGUGUCGUUCACAAGUAAGGAGGUGUGUUUUUAUGACAUAGUGUCAGAACGAGAUUUCAACUGCAAGUAUAAACUCCAGGGUUUGAAGUUCACUCCCUGGUGUCUGGACUAUUGGAUGGACCCUUCACAGCCAGACCAGGCUGUCCUCACUAUAGGAGAUAUUGGAGGACAGGUCAGCGGUAUACACUUCACCGCAGCUCAGAUCUCUCUGUUUGAGAGACUUGGUCUGAGGACAGACUCUGAUUCAGCUAACAUCAUCCAGUGGGAUGAGCUGGUCAAAGGAGAGCAUCACACCUGUUACACUGUGACACACAAAGCACACACGCCUGCCUGGGUUAGGAAAGUUAGUUACCUUGGCUGCCUUGAAGCCUUUGUGUCGUGCAGCACCAGACCGCAGAGCAGCAUGGUGAUCGGCUGGAGGGAAAAGGAAAGCAGGAGUCUACGAGUCACUUCUUUCUUUACUAAGAGGGGUGUGUGGGACAUGGACCACCACCGUAGACUCAAUCUAAUAGCCACAGCAGGUGUUGAUCAUCAGGUCUUGCUGUGGAACCCGUAUGUGACCUCAGAGCCAGUUUGUGCACUUAGUGGGCACAUGAGCCCUGUCACUGCUGUCCGCUUCAUGCAGACCAAGAAACAACUACUGAGCUACUCCAAAGAUAAGGUCCUGUGUCUGUGGGAUGUUUCCAGUCAGCUGUGUGUUCACCGCCUUGCUGGUGUCUUCCCAAAGAUGCAGGAGGACACACACACCCUUCUGUUCCUCCAUGAGGAGCGACAACUCCUCCUGCUCUCCUUCAACAGUCAGCUCCUCCUGCUGGAGACCAUGAAAGAGGAGAAGAGGACCAGCAGCCAUGAACACCCUGUUACCUGUGUUCUGUAUAAUAGUCUGUUCAGACAGGUAGUCAGCAGUGACUUGGCCUCUUCUGUGAUCUGUUGGCAGGCUGACACAGGCCAAAAGGUGAAGCAGUUCCACCAUUGCCAUGGCAACUCUGAGAUCUCAACCAUGGCCCUGGAUGGCACACAGACCCGGCUGUUUACUGCAGGCACUGAUGGAGAGGUCAAAGUGUGGGACUUUAAUGGCCGCUGCCUCCACAGAAUGAACGCUGGCCAGGGUCGAGCUGUGGAGAUCUCACAGAUCCUGCUGCUGAAGAGGAGUAUAUUGGUGAUGGGUUGGGACAGGAUGUUAACAGUUUUCCGUCUGCAUUCCUUCUCGCAGUCUUUUGUCGAACCAUCAGAGUGGAAAGGAGGCGUUCAGCAUCGCAGCGAUGUGCUCUGCGCCGCAUUCCAGCCUCCACAGACACUUGUCACAGGAAGCUAUGACGGAGAAAUCAUAGUGUGGAACAACAGCACUGAAACAGCUUUGAGGAAACUGCGUCCACACCGAGAAGAUUCUCAUCCUGGUGCGAACAGCAAGGAAGACUCUGAUAACUCCAUUGCCAUCUCUCAAUUGAUCUUCAUACCAGGACGCUCAUCUGCAGCUGCUGCAACAGGUGGUGCAGACUUAAUAUCCUGCGGAGGUUCAGGAGUGGUCAGACUCUGGAGCACCACCCACAGCCGCUUGGUGGGACAGUUUACAGCUCAUAGCAAAGACCUGGGCUCUAUUGUUAUGAAUGUGAGCCCCUGUGGAAAAUAUUUAGUCACAGCUGACUCCGAAGGGACACUCAAGACAUGGGACAUACAGCGUUAUGGCCUUGUCUCAGAUGAUGCAACAACCAGAGAACCUCCAGAACUCCUGUGUGCUUUCCGACCACACCUUGAUCGUGUCACUCACCUUGACAUGUGUAACCAUGGGGAUAGACUCCUCCUUUUCUCAGCCUCAGCAGACUGCAGUGUGGCUCUCAGCUACCUGCCUGGAGCCACCAUUGGUCUAUUUGGACAGCAGGAGCAGUGGUGCUUGGAGACACCUGGGCCCCUGCACCCUCAGCAUGAGCCAGAACAAGACCACAAACAUGUCUAGGACUCCAGAAUAAGAAGGUGAGACGUCACCUUACGCUCCCACUGAGAAUAACCCCCGAACCCAGGGACUGACACCUCUGCAGAGGGUGGAGAGGUGGGGUUAAAGGACGGGGAGAGGAAGCAAGUAUGGAAGCAACAAAAGAAAGCCUGCACAGUUUUCUGAAUGGUCUUUUUGGGAUUAGAAUGUAGAACGGAAUUUCUGAGAGGAAAUGAAAAUGAUCUUCUGUUGGACAGGUAUUUGGCCUGGUCUUCAUGAUAUUUCUAGAUUAUAUAUUAUACAGUUUUAUUAGAGAACUAAGGCAUGGACUGUCAUGUAGUCAGAAAAACUGCAUUUGAUAAGGGCUUUUAAACAUUUUAUUUGUUGGCCUCGGGACAGUGUGGUGUGUAGUGAAUAGUCGUGACUGACUCGCACAACUGCAAAGAAUGAAAGAGCAUUCGUGAUGCUCCCAAGUCUACGAUUUUUCUCUAAUGUUUAUAGAAUAGCUUUUAAGUAGGGCUGGGCAAGUUAACGCGUUAUUUUCGCGUUAACUCUUUAAUUAAUUAUCGCCGACAAUUAUUUGAUCUCGCAUUAACGCAGUUUUUAUUAUUUAUUUUCUUAUUGUAAAAGUCUGUUGCUCACUGGCUUUUAUUUUAUAAAAUUCCAUCUUAAGCGAGCCUCAUAUGUAGGCCUUACUGCCUUACUGCUGCGCAUGUCUGCUCACAGGAAAGAGGAAACAGUGUUGCCAACUUGGCGACUUUCUCGCUAAAUCUGGCGACUUUCCAAACCCCCUUGGUGACUUUUUUUGUCAACAGCUACUAGCGAGAAAUCUAGUGACUUUUUCUGGUGUUAUUGGAGACUUUUUUCAAAAAGCACCCACAGGCUGUCAGUGUAGCCUCGCGCAGCAGACCCAACUGCAGUCAGAGAGCAGAGAGGAGACCCACACCACUCUGUGUCCAGACUGCAAGGAAUGCAAUACACUUUAGUUUUGUAUUUAUUUGCUUUGAUUACAUUGUUUAAGUUGAGAAGUACAUUUACAAUAAAAGUGCGCUAUACACUACUUUUGAAUUCAUUAUUGGAUUUUGCGUAUAACAAUGCGAUUAAUCGUGAUUAAUCACAGGAACUCAUGCGAUUAACGCGAUUAAAACUUUGAAUCGUUGCCCAGCCCUAGUUUUAAGAUAUUUUAUUUUACUGUCCAGGUCUUUCUUUUUUAAAGAUUUUUGGGGCUUUUUGUGCCUUUAUUGGAGAGAUAGAACAGU